AUGGUGUUGGAUGAAGUCGAAUUGGAAUUGGAGACAAAGUUGGAAGUCAAACUGGAAUCUAUGUUGGAGUCAAGCUUCAAGUCAAAGUUGGAGUCGAGAUUCGAGUCAGUCGUGGAAUACUCUGUGGGAUUUGAUGGAUUGCGGGUGGAUUGGGGAAGUGACUGCGAUAGUCCAGAAACAAACUGGGAGCAACUAGGAGACGGAAACAACGUGGAAAAGAGGCAGGCAGACAAGAUUGAGAUUUGGGCCUGGCAGGGUGCGCAACCGGGUCGCGCGAAUCCAAUGACAUUUAUAACUUUUGGGGGAGAGGUCCAUCGGUUGCAUGCCCUGCCUGAGCGCAGCACAAGAUAG